AUGUCCCAACAACAUGCAGUGGUCAUUGAUCUCGAUUUUACACCCAAUCUCAUCACACCGUUUCAUUCGUUGCUUGUAAAUAAAUUGAGAGCACCUCUCCGAGUCGGAUUUUCAAACAAAUUCGAGCAUUGUGGAUAUAUUCCUGCAGCUAAUAGACAUCGUCCUGGUUGUCCCGACGUGAAAAUUUCAUACCAUUCAAAUUGUAUUAUUGUUUUAGAAUAUUAUUCCAAUCGCAUUCAAUUUUAUGAUUUAAAUUCAAAACGAUUAUUGACUUUUAUUAAAGCCAAACAACCACGAUGUUUAUGUGUUGAAGAGAAUUACGACAAACAGAAAAAUGAUGCCAUUAUUUAUAAUCGUGAUUGUCAUACCAAAUAUGAUAUAAAAGAAUUGAUUAAACAAGGACUAAACUCUAGUGACGACUGCAAUCCUCUAUGGGUUCAAGAUUUAUCAACUUCUUCCAUGAAUGGAAUUGCAGUGAGCCGAACAUCUCAUGGCCCAUGCUGCGAAAAAUUUAUUUAUUGUUGUGCUAGUAGUAGUGGCUGUGUGAUCAUACUAAAUGCAAAUAAUGGUCAACAAGUAGGACAAAUAUCCACCAUUCCAAUUCCAUAUGGCAUUGAUGUCACAGAGAAGGGAGAUUUAAUUAUUUCAAGUUUGGGUGGACAAAUUCAAUUAUUUACUGAACCUUUAUUUCAACCACAUUCUUUUCGUAAUUCUAAAAUCAUCCUUUCAGAAGGUAUUUUACAUUCUCCAAGAGGAAUAUGUUAUGAUCCAGUUGCAAAGCACAUCAUUAUAUGUGAUACUUUGAAUUAUUUAGUGGUAGUGAUGGAUUUAGAAGGAAAAAUAUUGAAAUCAUUUGCUGAUCGUACGACAUUGAGCUAUCCCUAUGGAGUUUGUGUCAAUUCAUUGAAUGGAAAAGUUUACGUUUCAAAUUGGUCAUUAGAAGGAGUUCAAAUAUUCAAAUAG